AUGGAUGGCCUAAGCUUUGCAGAGUUCGAGAGCUCUUCCUUCGACCAGCUGCACUCUCGCGGGUUCGCAGGCGCGAAACAUUGCGAGAAGCUGGCGAAGGAUCUGCAAGAAGGCAAGGGCCUCAAGGAGCUGGUCGGCACCGGCGCCGUGCCCGCGCUGUCCUCGGGCACUCGGGCCCCGGCGCUCGUGGCGGCCGCCCGCGCGCAGCCUUCGGCCGCGCCGCGGGGGGGCCCGCCGCAGGGGUCCCUGCCCCUCAACGACAUGGGGCACAUGCCGGGGAACAGCCGCGUGGAGCACGCGUGGGCGCCGUCGAAGGAGGCGAACGAGCGGGCGAGCAACCAGUUUGCGCUGCCGCAGUCGGUGCCGCCGCGGCAGUCGGCGGCCGCGAGCGCGGGCACCCAGCAGGGCGCCUUCCUGGGCUGGAAGAGCAACUGA